ACCGGUGGCUGCUCUAGUGGCAGAGCGCAGGGGGCUUCACUCUUCUCCUCCUUCACCAGCCACGGCCAAGCGUGCGCACUCAGACAACGACCAGGGUCAGGCGCGUGCUCUCCGCGAAGCAUCCUGAGGAGGUGGGAGAACACAGAAAGACAGCGAGAAACAGAGAGAGAGAGAGAGAGAGAGAGAGAGAGAGAUACUCACGCACACACACGCGCACACACACACGCGCACACACACACACACAGAGAAGGAAGAGCAGGGAGAGCUCUCCAGCGUCUGGCUCGGAUUAUUUCUGCUGCCUCUGCCAGCUCGCGGGGAAUACUUUUUAAAUGGCACGCGCUAGCACUCGGCCAGAUCGGAGCUACUGCUCGGUGGAGCGCGCAUCGCCCGCGCGCAGCGCCGCGUCUGGCCGGCCGUGAUGCCCGCGCGCUGCUGAGAGCGCUGGACACAUGUGUCUCCGUUUCUCUUCUUGUCCGCCGUAACCGAGGAUAAUAAUCUCCUGCCAUGCCCGCCACAACCGCCAUGCACGCGGGCUCCAAGCCUAACGCCACUCUCCGGAGUCCCGCCGGAUCCGCCGCCGGCACGGGCAGCGCGAGCUCGGCGGACGGCGCUCGCACUUCCUCGCGGCUCUACUGCGCCUUCAUCAUCCUGCUCCUCAUCCUCACGCCGCGCGUGGACUCGUCCUGGUGGUACAUCGGCGCUUUGGGAGCACGAGUGAUAUGUGAUAACGUCCCUGGCCUGGUGAAUAAGCAGAGACAGCUGUGUCAGAAGUAUCCAGAUGUGAUGCAGUCCAUCAGUGAGGGGGGUAAGGAAUGGAUCCGCGAGUGCCAGCACCAGUUCAGACACCACCGAUGGAACUGCAGCACGCUCGACCGCGACCACACCGUCUUCGGAAGAGUCAUGCAGCGCAGCAGUCGGGAGGCAGCUUUUGUGUAUGCAAUCUCCUCUGCAGGCGUGGUGUACGCCAUCACCCGUGCCUGCAGCCAAGGUGAGCUGAAGACGUGCAACUGUGACCCCCACAAGCGUGGUAAAGCGCGGGACGAGCGAGGCGAGUUCGACUGGGGUGGCUGCAGUGACAACAUCAACUAUGGGAUAAAGUUCGCCAAAGCCUUUAUAGACGCGAAAGAGCGGACGGUAAAGGAUGCACGAGCGUUAGUGAACCUUCAUAACAAUCGCUGUGGAAGAAUGUCAGUGAAGCGCUUCAUGAAGCUGGAGUGUAAGUGUCAUGGCGUCAGUGGCUCCUGCACGUUGAGGACUUGCUGGUUGGCGAUGUCUGACUUCCGGAAGACUGGCGAUUACCUCCGCAAAAAAUACAACGGUGCCAUCGAAGUCACUGUCAACCAGGAUGGAACAGGAUUCACUGUGGCUAACAAGGACUUCAGGAACGCCACCAAAAAUGACCUGGUGUACUUUGAGAACUCGCCUGACUAUUGUUUAAUGGACAAAGCUGCAGGUUCGUUGGGCACGGCUGGUCGCGUCUGUAACAAAUCAUCUCGAGGGACAGAUGGAUGUGAGGUGAUGUGCUGUGGGCGAGGCUACGAUACGACGCGCGUGAAACGCAUCACAAAGUGCGAGUGUAAGUUUAAGUGGUGCUGUGCGGUCGAAUGUAAGGAUUGCGAAGAGGCGGUCGACAUACACACCUGCAAAGCCCCGAAACGAGCUGAAUGGCUGGACCAGACCUGAGGCCUGACCACCAGGUGCCUCGUCAAAUCCUCUUCCUGAAGAUCUCCUGUGAACAAUGGCAUUCUGGGAUAUGAAGUCCAUCCCUUGUGACUCCUCUCCCUGAUCCCUAUUCCUUGUUGCAUGGCUUUAUUGUAACUGUCUCUGUGAAAGCACUACAACUAAAAAAAAAGAAAAAAAACUGCAUUUCCCAUGAGCGCCUUGCACACUAUGCCCAAGCCGGCACGUUCCUCUGCCUUCCUAUUGCUCUUCAUUUUUGGCAAAGAACUGACAAGAGGACACUAAAGUGUAAAGAAUGAACUGUGUUGCAACUGUGAACUUUUUGUAGGUGGUUUAUGUUGGUUUUUUUGUGAAUUUACAAGAGAUAUUUUGUUCUAUGAGUGAUGUUUUUGUGCUGCUUUUAAAGUGCUUUAAAGACUUUAAAACAACUCUCAGCCUUUCUACAAUAUCAUGGCUAGAAGCAGAAUAUUCACACUUGUUAUUGUAAACUGUGUACACCUAGGAGGUUGUCUUGCUUCGACUGGUGAUAAAGUGAACCCCUGAGAAUGGAACCAGCAGCAUAAAGACACAAAUGGCUGACAGCUUUGCACACUUUCCACCCCAUGGUCAGUUUGGACGGAAAACCUCGAAGGAUUCUGCGGACAGAGAACAAGAGAAACAAUGAGGUCUAUAUGUGAUGAUGAGCCUGCACUAAGAACAUUAGCUAACCUCUGAGCAAAAACCUUAAUAUCACUGCAUAACUAACAAUAACAGGAAAUGCAUUCUUUGUAUGAGCAUAAACACAACAUACCUGCUAAAAUACAGCGAUACAAAAUGAAAGUACUCACUUAAUGACUGAUGGUGUUGCUGUCAUCUGGGAUUGUGGUAUCAGAUAGAUGCUGAUGCUCUUUGGCUCUUCUGUAUAACUUGUGUAUACUGCCUUGGUAUUUUUAAACUGAAAUUCACAUAAAAAUAUUGAAUAUUCCAUUUAAUUUCAUUCAUUUGAACUCAUCUAUUACGCUGUGUGCUUCCGACGGAAUGUAUUGUUGCUGUCAUAUCAAAACCUGGUAUUUUCAUUUCAUCAUUUAAAAAAGCUGCUUUAUUUUGUAUGAAAGGAAUGAUAAAAAUGGUCUAAAAUCAUUUGGAAUAAAAUCAUGUUACAUUAAUGUACAUUAAAGUUAAGAAUUCUUUUUCCUUCUCUUAUAAAAUUUUCAUUUCAGAUAUACAAGAUUUGGGUAUGACAGUGACGAUGGUAACACUUUAUUUAAACUAUGCGGCAUAGUCAUUCCGUAAACGUGUCAUUUAAGAUUUUAUAUGCUGUCAUGACAGAUUAUGUUCAGUAAUAUAGCAGUGCCAGUAUUUGUCAUGUCAGAUGUCAUAUGUUAUGAUGGCUACUUAGCAAAAAUUACUUACAAAAUCUGUCAUGACACCAUAUGACAUCAGCCAUUACAUGUUUAUGGUGUAUUUAUGUCAUACGUUAUGUAGCAGAACUGAAGUAAAAUAUUACCAUGACUAAGCAAAACAAGCUCAGGUUUGAUUUACCAUAAUGUAAGGAUGUAACAAUUUCAAUAUGAAUCAAAAACUUAAUUUGAAACAGUGUAUCAAAAGUUAAAACUGUAUUUCCCAUACAUUUCUUUUGAGGGUCUCUACCUGUAUGACGAUCACUCAAUCAGCAAUCAAAAUAUACAUCUAGGCACAUUUUGUCAGAUUAAAGUGGAUGAAUAG